CUCUCUCUCUCUCUCUCCCCGAUCCCCCCUGCCUCCUCCCGUGCUCCCUCCCCCACCCCCAAAUCGCCAGGCCUCGCCCCCUUCUCGAAGCACAGCACAGCAGGGGCGCGGGAGGAGGUGGAAGAGGCGGCGGUCGGGCGAGAUGAGCGACUCGUUCUGCCCGGACUGCAAGAAGCAGACGGAGGUGGCGUUCGACCACUCGGCAGGGGACACCAUGUGCACCGAGUGCGGCCUCGUCCUCGAGGCGCACUCCGUCGACGAGACCUCCGAGUGGCGCACCUUCGCCAACGAGUCCAACGACAACGACCCCGUCCGUGUCGGAGGCCCCUCCAACCCGCUCCUCACGGACGGCGGCCUCUCCACCGUCAUCGCCAAGCCCAACGGCGCGCAGGGCGACUUCCUCUCCUCGUCCCUGGGCAGGUGGCAGAACCGCGGCUCCAACCCUGACCGAUCCCUCAUCCUCGCCUUCCGCACCAUCGCCAACAUGGCUGACAGGCUGGGUCUUGUGGCUACUAUCAAGGACCGAGCCAAUGAAAUCUAUAAGAAGGUGGAAGAUCUCAAGUCUAUCAGGGGAAGAAAUCAAGAUGCCAUAUUAGCUGCUUGUCUGUAUAUUGCUUGUAGACAAGAAGAUAGGCCUAGAACUGUAAAAGAAAUAUGUUCAGUUGCCAAUGGCGCUACAAAGAAGGAAAUUGGCCGAGCAAAAGAAUUUAUAGUGAAGCAACUGGAAGUUGAGAUGGGUCAAUCUAUGGAGAUGGGAACCAUCCAUGCUGGAGAUUUCCUGAGACGUUUCUGUUCAACUCUUGGGAUGAACAAUCAAGCUGUUAAAGCAGCCCAGGAGGCAGUUCAGCGCUCAGAGGAGCUUGAUAUAAGGAGGAGCCCUAUCUCAAUAGCAGCGGCUGUCAUUUAUAUGAUAACCCAACUCUCAGAGGACAAGAAGCCACUUAAAGGUUUGAAACGCUGCCCCAAUAUCUCUUCUCCUUGUGACCGACACAUUGGUGAUAAUACUGAUAACACUGAUUCUGUUGCAGAUAUUUCCUUGGCUACUGGCGUGGCAGAAGGCACCAUCAGAAAUUCGUACAAGGAUCUGUAUUCCUAUGCUUCAAGGCUCAUUCCAAACACCUAUGCCAAGGAGGAAGACCUGAAGAAUCUCAGCACACCUUAGGAAGUUCUCUCUUUUUGUUUUGUUUUGUUACAUAAGUGGGAAUUAGAUUUGUCAAAGAGGAGUGAUGUUGUCCCUGAUUGUGACUGCCGGGCAAUGUGUCGCCGCCGCGUUAACUUUAUCUGAAUGUACCUAUGCGAACAAAGUUGUCCUGAAUGCAGAAGCUAAGCCAUCAGAUCGAAUUUCUUUCCA